AUGAUUUCUGGUGUCUUUUCAGGUGCAAUUGCAAAUUUUGCACUUCAUCCACUUGAUUGUAUAAAAAUUAGAAUGCAAGCCAAUGAGAGAGGAGUUAAAAGGUCAACCUUUGUUGGAUUGAAGGAAUCUGCUAAGGUAACAAAGGCUAUUUAUUUAGAGGAAGGAUGGAGAGGAUUUUAUAGAGGUCUUAGUACAGCCAUGGUUGGCUCUGGAACUGCUUGGGGACUUUAUUUUACAAUUUAUAAUAUGCAAAAGCAUAAUUAUGAAAAAGAUUUUGGAGUUAAUCAAGUACCUGCUUUGCAGUUGACUUGGUGUGGAGUACAAGCUGGAGUUAUAACUAAUCUCAUUACACAUCCAGUUUGGUUGAUAAAGACCAGAUUACAAUUACAAAAUAAUAAUACAACAAUACCAAUAUCAGAAGCAUCUCAUCAUUUAGAACAAAUCAGAUAUAAUGGACCAAUUGAUUGUGUUCGUAAAAUAAUCAAACAUGAAGGAAUCAAAUCUCUCUAUAUUGGACUGACUCCAAGCAUGUUACUUGUUUCACAUGGUGUAAUACAUUUUGUUUGUUAUGAUAGAAUGAAAUCUCUAUAUUUGAAUUAUAAGAAUGAAAAUUCAAAUUCCACUCAAUACUAUCUCAAUGGAUGGGAAUCAUUUACACUUGGAUUUUUAGGAAAAGGUGUUGCUGGAUUGGUAACUUAUCCACUCCAGGUUAUUAAAACAAGGCUUCAAGACAAGAGUAACUACUAUCACCAAGAACGAUAUACUGGAUUUUUAGAUGCUACAAGAAAAAUUUAUAGAAAUGAGGGAUAUAAGGCUUUCUUUAGAGGAAUUGUUCCUCAUGUUUUAAAGGUCUCACCUAAUGGAGCAAUUGUGUUUAUGCUAAAUGAGCAAAUUUUGAAAUUAUUAUUCACAACAGCGGAGAGAAAAUUCAAGAAUGAAUAA